CUUUUUCACUUCUUUCUUCCGACCUCCGAACUCAUCCCAAGUCCAGUCCGCCGCAACGCCGCCCAGUGCGUCCUUCAAUUCCCCCGUCACAAUGUUCAAGCCUUCGCAACCUAUGAUGGCGCGUUUGCGCCUGACCACUAAACAGGUCAAUGGCGGUUAUUACAAGGGAAACCGGACCGGCUCCAUGGGUUACUUCGCGAAGAACGGCACCUACGUGAUCGACUGGAAGAAAGUCCGCACCUAUGCGGUCCCGGAGAAUCUGGAUCAGUUCAAGCUUACCCCGUUCGUGACGAAACGCAUGGCCCCGACCAAGGGCAAAUACACCAAAGACCUGGAGCGGAAUGGCUCGAUAGUUGCGGCGCAGAGACCCUUCGAUGGCAAGGAAUACUUGGACAUGUGGGCAUCCGACAACGGACCGGAAGUUCUUGAGCAGGAGCGACUCGAACAAGAACCCUUGACAAGCGAAACGUCCUCCACCCGGCAAUAAACAACUUGCGGUUUGAUUAGAGGAUUUGAGGAGGGAGGAAAUGAUUGCGAGACUUUGGAAGUAUGCCAUGAACUUUCUCUCUGCGCCUUCGACCGGGCACUCCUGGCUCCGCCGGUGUCCUUCGGAGCCUGCAAGGGUGUUGCCGUGUCUGGGCUUCCUGCAGCUCGUCUCGCAACAUUUAGCUGUAUGAUAUGCAUAGUACACCUCUGUCGGAUACGGUGGCUAGAUGGGACAUCACCGGAAAUUCCGCUGUGGUUAUUGGGUCCUGGCGUCUUCUUUGGUUCUAGCAUCUCAGGAACUUUUUUUUUUUUUUUUUUUGAUAUAGGACACUAGAGAUUUGCACAUAGCAAAUUGAUCGGCG